AUGGUAGAAAAUGUUACCGAACUCGAACGGCUACGACGUGAGGCUGUUCCUUCAUCGGGUGAAAAUGCUGCGGCUGAGGAUGCGGCGCCACAACUUGCUGAGCAAACGGCAAAUGUGGAUGCCGCCGUGAACACACCAGUUGUGGUUGAUUCAGACGAUGAUGGAACAGUCGCCCAGGAACUGGAACUAGAGCAAAUGAGGAGUAAAUUGGAAGAGGCGAUUGUGGAAACGCGCAGUACGCCUCUCGAAAAUCGACCGCGACCUCCCCGCUUAGCCCUAAGCAAGAAAACGGGCUGUCGUGAGGGCUCUGAACCCAGUGCUGUUUACCUAUUUGGAAGCCAGCCGGGACCUUUGCGAGACGGACUCAAUUCUUUUUGGCGCCGCACUGGCAGUCUGCCGUAUUAUAGGCGCCAAACUUUCCAAGGCUGGACGCGCUACUGGACAAAGUAG